AUGGCGGCCGCGCAGCACACGCUGAACUUCCUCGCGCAGACUCGCGCGGCGGGACUGCCCGAGUUCGCCGUCAAUCCGGCAGAAACAACGCGGAGCGAGGCGUCUCGCGCGGAAUCUAGCCGCACGGAGCCCUCCAUCGUCGACGGCAAGGUCCCGGCGGUCCGUUUCGCGACCACGCUGGGCUCCACAGGCAUGACGCCCGCGCAGUUUGGCCUCACGUCCGACCCCCUCGCUCCGUGGGCGGCGCGGCUGACCCGGCGCGGGAGCGCGAGGGGCCGCGUCAUGACCGAGUCCGGCGGCCAGGUGCUUCUCCGCGGCGACGCGCUCACGGCGUUCUCCGGCCGGAUCGGCACCAUGCCCCCGCUGAGCCUGCCAAACUACCAAAAGCACCUCGCCGCCGACCACGAGGGGUUCGAGAGGGACCUGAAGGGCCCGAGCGUCUCCACGUACAUCCCGGAGGCCGACCUCCCGCGCCUGAACCUCACGCACGAGCAGGUCGAGCGUCUGGACCAGCUCCUGCGCGCGUUCGUCCAGGGGCUGUCUCCGGACUCGAUGUUGAUGUCGCUGGAGGCCUGGCUGGGGCUGCUCAAGGUGGUGGAGGGCGCGCUCGGACACAAGCUGUACACGGACGACAUGCUCACGGCCGACGAUAACGCGUUCACGGGCGUCACGGUGCUCGAGGUGCUGCAGCGGUCCUGGGCGGCGCUCCUGGCGCACGUCAACGCGCGCAUCGGGCUGGAGGCCGGCGCGGUGCCGACGGGCGGGCAGCGCGCGCUGAACGCCGUGCGCGCGGAGAUCCGGAAGUUCCUCGCGCAGGUCGACCAGGUCCACGCCGAGAUCUCGCGGACCAUGCCGCCCAUGUCGCGCGCCGAAGGCCGCACGUCCCACGCGAUGUCGCGCGCAGGCUCGACCAAGUCCCGUGCGGGCGGCGCGGACCCGGAGGAGGUCCGGAAGCUCCAGGGCGUCGUGCGCACCCUCCAGGGCAAGCUCGUGGCAGCGGAAGACUCCAGGGCCCGGCUGGAGGUGCAACUCCGCGGCGCGGAGACGGAGCUGAGCGACGCGCGGACGGACAUCCGCUCGGUGAUGCAUUCGUGGGAGCGCCUGGAGUUCCUGCAGGACCGGCAGGGGCAGGUUGCGAGUUUUAAUUUGUACGCGGGGCGCGUGGCGGAGCUGGCGCACAAGCUGCACGCGACGUCGGACAGGCUGGGGCGGGUGUCGGACCGGCUCGCGGGCGUGGAGGCCGGGAACAAGGAUUUGGAGGCGGCGCUGGCGGAGACGCAGGGGAGUCUUCAGAAGAAGACGGCCGAGGUGAUGGAUCUGAAGUCCACGCUGGUGGCGUGCGGGGAGCGCAUCGACGGACACCAGAAGAAGGCGGAGGAGGCGUCGAAGCAGUUCGAGCUGGUGAACGAGCAGAUGCGCAAGGCCGAGGUCGCGACGAAGCAGGCGCGCGAGCUGCGGGACGUGGCGGAGCGGGAGCUCACGGAGACGCGCCAGGACAACGCGCGCCUCACGUCCGAGGUGGAGCGGAAAGCGCGCCGCCUCGAGGUGCUGGAGCGCGAGGUCCGCGAGCUCAAGGGCAUCAACGAGAGCCUCGAGUUCCGCAUCGAGCGCAUGACGGCGGAGCACAAGGAGACCUCGGAGAAGCUGGAGAGGCUCGAGGGGCUGAUGGCGAGCAUGGACGGGGAGGCCAAGGGCCAGAUGUCGGGGUUCCAGCGCGCGGUGGAGCGCGCGAACGCGCAGGUGCUGCGGUGGAAGCAGCGCAUGGACAUGAUCAAGCACCAGGUCCGCAUGAUGCUGGACGUGGACGUGGGGCCGCUGCACGUGGCCAUCGGGGAGACUGCGCAGGGCGCGCGGAGCUUGCUGGCGAAGGAGCGGAAGUGGGCGGUGUCGCAGAUACGCAAGCUGGGGCAGAUUGCCACGACGAUGGUGGCGGAGCGGGACGCGAAGAUCGCGCAGCUGCACUUGGACGCGGAGCGCGCGGCGGAGGCGUCGGCGAAGCGCGAGGGGGAGCUGAAGGCCAAGGUCCGGGAGCGCGACCUGCGCGUGAAGAAGCUGUCGGGGGAGCUGCUGGAUAAGGACAAGGUGAUUGCGUCGCUGACGAAGCAGCUGGAGGAGACGAUGAGCGCGCUCGCGGGGGAGCAGCGGCAGCUGCUGGAGGCGACGGCGGCGCUGGCGGCGACGCGGGAGGAGCUGGCGGAGGCGCAGAAGAAGCUGAAGAAGCUGGAGGAGCUGCAGACGUACCUGGCGACGAUCCAGGAGGAGAACGCGAAGCUGAAGAAGGACAAGGCGCAGGUGGAGAACAAGCUGAAGAGGGCGCUGCUGAACGUGGACGAGGGGCGCGAGGAGGUGGCGCGGCUGAAGGCGCACGUGAAGGACUUCGUGGAGCAGGUCCGGGGGCUGGAGGGCGAGGUGGCGGUGCGGGAGCGGCGGAUCGAGAAGCUCAAGGGGGAGCUGGCGGACCUGUCGAACGAGUGCUCGCAGCUGACGAAGGAGUACGCGCAGGAGAAGCAGCGCGGGGAGUACCUGGACCAGGAGGUGGAGAAGCUGCAGCAGCAGAUCGAGGAACUGCAGAACUCGUCGGUGCACUUGUUGGCGGACAAGUACCGGCAGCUGAUCGAGCGGGUGGUCAAGGUGAAGCGGACGGUGCACAAGGACGCGAAGCAGAAGGCUCUCGAGCGCGUGAAGUCGGCGCGGCGGUCGCGCGCGGUGUCGCUCGGCGGCGCGCUCAAGGGCAAGGACGACAACGAGUGGGGGCUGAUGAACGAGGUCAGCGCGGACGCGCUGGGCAUUCCGGACGAGCCGGAGAUGGAGGUGCGGCGGCGCACGAAGAGCCAGCCCGCGGACAAGGUCGCCGCGCCGGCGGCCGAGGGCGACGCGGACGCCGCGGGCGCGGAGGGGGGGGAGUUGGGGCAGGAGGCCAGCGCGGGGAGUGUGGAGCCGACGGAGGAGGAGCUGGUGCGGGCGCUCGAGCAGGCCGACGCGGAGCAGCGGAGAAAGGACGCGGAAGCAGCAGCAGAGGCGGCAGCGGCGGCGCAGCGGCCGUUGUCGGCCCCCGAGGCUGCAGGGCCGCCGGCGGGGACGGUGACGGCGAAGGUCGAGGGCGAGGCCGAGGACGAUCUUCCGCUGCCCGAGAAGUCGAAGAGCGCCAUCGACGACCCCGCGGGGGCGUUCCUGUCGCCGCCGCGGCGCGUGCCGGGGGCCGAGGCGGUGGAGGCGCCGGUCGCGAAGGGGCGGAAGCGGCGCGUGAGCUUCACGGCGGUGCAGUCCGGCAGCGCGAUCGAGGGCGAGGAGCCCCGCAAGUUCCACGUCAAUGCAAUGAUGAAUCUUCCCGACCUGGACCAACUGGGCGAUCUGGGGUCCGCGGACGACAUCGAGGAGCUCUUCACGAUCCUGGACUCGCUCGAGCCGCUGAUGCCGGAGAUCGACGAGAACGGGACGUACCGGAUGGUGCUCGAGGAGCGCUUUGGGACGUGGCGCAUCGCGCGGGGGGGGGUGUUGACGAUCCAGGGCAUCACGCGGAACUUCCCGGGCGUGCUGAUCCCGCCGCUGCCGCGCAACAUCGAGCCGCGCGAGAUCGCCAAGGCGCAGACCAAGCAGCGCGAGCCGCCCGAGGACUUCCAGCGCGCAGCGCUGCCGCACGCCGUGCCGCCGGCCGCGUUCCGGAUGCGCAAGCCGAUCCCGGGGAUGCGCGAGUGGGUCGAGCGACACCUCGACCGCCGCGUGCCGCUGCGCGUCGCGCAGCAGGGCCCCGAGGACGCGGACAUGAGCGGUCUGGAUGACGCAGCUGCAGACAUUGGCACGCGGCAGCCGCGCCCGCCGUCGUUCAUGGGCGAGCGCACGGGGACGCGGUCGGAGUCAGGGACGCCGGCGCGGCAGCGCAAGUCGCCGACGCGCGGGAAGAGGGCGUCGCGGCGCACGGCGGGGGGCAGCCCGGAUCAUAGUCUCCGCGGCGGCACCGUCAAGAGCGGCGAGCUGUCGGACCCCAAGGGGGAGCCGCACGGCGGCAGCAGGCACGUCGCGAGCCUGCCGCUGGGUGGGCCGAGGCCGGUGUUGCGGACCGGGGAGGACACCGCGUCGCCAGUGCUGUCGCGGUUUGCCAACCCUGAGGCGGCGCGGAGGGGGGACGCGACGGAGCAGUACACCGGGAUCGCGUUCAAGCGCAAGACGAAGAAGCCCGGGGCGCGCAAGAGCCCUGCGCGGAAGUAG